CUCACCCCGGUGCCCCUGGUGCCGGUAUUCUCUCACCUGGACGGGGCAGUUCCACCCACUCUUCUGAGGGUGCGGGGGACCACCCGCAAAAUCGGGAGUCUCCCGCAUCUUCCGGGAGAGUGGGCAAUAAAAGCGGGUGUGUCAGAGCGCUGCGCUACACUAGUUGCAUCACUCGUCCUGCCUACCUCUCGCUGUGCAGAGUGAGUACAGUGAGCCGCUUGUACUGUACAUGGGAGAGAGCCAAGAGAAGCGAGGCAGCAGCAGCAGCACGCUCACUGUCCUGGCUCAGCAGCAGAGGAUGUAAGUGGGGUCACCCCAGCAGCAGCAGCAGCAGCAUCCCACAGGCACAGUGUUUCCCUCUGUCAGGAGGACAAAUGUCUGCAUCCUACAAAAAAAAUUAUUUUAGUCUGACUUGGAAGAGGCUGUCCAGCAUUGGCUACCCAGAGGUGAGGGGAUGGUGUCUGAGGAGAGUCCCCAUACUGGAGUGGGGUCCCAGGUACAGCAUCCGGGAGAACCUGAUUCCGGAUAGUAUUGCUGGGAUGAUGCUGACAGUGCAGCAGGUGGCACAAGGUCUGGCAUUUGCUGUGAUGUCUUCCGUUCACCCAGUGUUCGGAUUAUAUGGAUCUCUGUUUCCGCCAUUGAUUUAUGCCAUAUUUGGAAUGAGUCAUCAUGUAUCUACAGGGACGUUUGCUAUCACAUCGCUGAUAUCUGCUGGAGCUGUUGAGCGGCUUGUUCCUCCUAACGACGGCAAUGUCACCCAGGGCUUGCCGGGGGAUCUCGGUUUAUCUGAAUUUGAAAUGCAGAGAAUAGGAGUUGCUGCAGCUGUGACAUUUUUAGGGGGAGUCAUUCAAGUGUCCAUGUUUUUGUUGCACUUGGGUUUUACAACCUUCCUAUUAUCGCAACCUGUAGUCAGCGCAAUGACAACCGGGGCAGCAACCCAUGUGGUCACAUCACAAGUAAAGUUCCUAUUAGGACUACAGAUGCCGUAUAUAUCCGGACCAUUAGGGAUGUUUUAUAUUUAUAUUUACGUUUUUAAACACCUCAACCUGGUCAACAUAGGAGCAUUACUGUUGUCCAUCCUCUCCUUGUGUGUCCUCAUUGUCACCACAGAGCUGAAUGAAAAAUUCAAAAAUAAAAUCCGAUUUGUUAUUCCCAUUGACCUGGCAUUGAUAAUUACAACUGCCAUGGCAUGUUAUUUUUCCGACAUGCACAAAGCUUAUGAUGUGGACAUUGUUGGACAUAUUCCAAAAGGAAUACCACUUCCGCGGGCUCCAUCAAUGGAUGUUAUCCAACAUGUUGUGAUAGAAGCGUUCAGCAUGGCAUUGGUUGGAUAUACUGUGUCUAUAUGUCUUGCUUACAAUUCAGCCAAAAAAUUCAACUAUUCUGUUUGUGAAAAUCAGGAACUCUUCGCUCAUGGGCUCAGCAAUAUCAUUCCAUCAUUCUUCUGUUGUAUACCAAAUGCCGGAGCCCCUGGCCGUACAUUUCUACUGUACAACAAUGGAGCAAAGACGCAGGUAGCCUGUGUGAUAUCGUGCAUCCUGGUCCUCAUGGUUAUUUAUUUUGUAGCACCAUUAUUGUGCUGGUUGCCUAUGUCUGUUUUGGCAAGUAUAGUAGUUGUGGGAUUGAAGGGAAUGCUCAUACAGUUCCGAGACUUGAAGAAAUAUUGGAACGUUGAUAAGUAUGAUUGGGUUAUAUGGAUCAGCACCUAUGUGUUUACAAUCUGCUUUGCGGCGAAUAUUGGUCUGUUGUUUGGUGUCGUGUUUAGUAUAGCAGUGGGAGCGCUCCGAUUAACCAGGGCAAAGACACUGAGUGUGGUACAUCUGCAUGACGACUACAGCACCGGGUUUGAGGAUGAGCAUUCAAAAUUGUUCCAUGAACUGGAAGUCAUUGCCAUCAGUACACCGCUGUUCUUUCUCAAUGCCAAGAAAUUAAACACUGAUAUCCUGGAAAUUAAACGUAAACUAGUAUCAAGGAAGGAUUCCUGUAAGCUUAAUACAGGACCUUUGCUGAUACCAAUGUCCGCUGGAGACUCUGGUGGAUUAUCCCAGGGCCUGAAAAAUGACAGAAUGACUGUGAUUUUAAAUUGCAGUGGGAUUACAUUUUUUGACUUUACUGGAAUUAAUACACUUACUCAGAUUGUCUUGGAUCUACGAGAACAUGGCAGUGAUGUGAUAUUCUCAGGCUGCAGUGCAUCUCUAGUAAAAGCCCUUCAUUAUUGUGACCCUGGCGCAAAACAUCAGCAUUUCUUCACUGAUGUCAAAUCUGCACUUGAUGCCAUGAAGAUAAUAAAGUGCACUGGAUCAAGUUUGGAGGUUCUAGACUCAUCUGAGGCAUAGAACCAUUUAAUGCUCUAGUUGUGCAAAUUCAGCCGGGUUCAAAUUUAUAUACCGCUGCGUCUGGAUCCUCUGCACACCCCACUUGGCCCACCUGGGUCCUCCGCACCCUGACCUUGCUGUCCUGGAGCUUUUAUUGUAAUCUACCUCAAACAAGUGGCGGCACUGUUGUCGUAAAAUUCCAGGGAGUUAACCUGUUCAAAGCAUUUCAUCUGCUGUAAUGGAACCUCAUACCUGAGACAUGUUACGUGCCUAUGCUUCACCUAGGUUUCUGCUUUAUCUGGACCUCUCAACCAUGGGUGUUUCUGAAUCACCGUGGCCUCCACCUCCAAGAUUGGAUUCAGAAUUAACUAGUAGCUCUGCCAGACCUGAACUGACAAAUGGACCAGGAACAUGUUCCUCUUGACCUAUCUGAGGCCUUGAUAUUAGGUGCCAACUUCGGGUUCCAAACACUAGAUAGACAUUGUCUAGUAGGACAGUCAGUAGUCCGAUCACAUAUGGUCGACAUGGUUAACAGGUGAAAGGUAGACUGUGUCUAAGGUUAACAGGUACAAAGUGUCGACAGGUUGAAAAGGUUGACAUGAGAAUGGUCAACACAGGUUUUUUUUUCAACUUUUGCUUCAUCUACCAUCCACGUGGACUACAAUUGGGAAUAGUAACCUGUGCUGAGCGCAUCGGUAACAGAGCGAGGCACCUUUCCCGAAGUGUGGCAAGUGAACAUGGUACACUAAUUGGGGUCACAUAUGGUGAAAAAUACAAAAUGACACCCCAAAAACUUUCAAACUUGUGUCAUCCUUUUCUGUGUUGACCAUCUGCAUGUUGACUUUUUGAUCCAGAUGACCUUUUGAUCCAGUCGAAUUUUUGACCCUGUUCACCUUUUCCAUGAUGACCAUUUGGGGUUGAACUAUUGACUGUCUAUUCACUGAUCCACACCCCUAACUUCAUACCCGACCUCCGGGCCAAGGCCAGGGCAUCUGCCUUCCAACAGAGAUUUCCUGGCUUCUUGGACAGAGCUGCGGUGACCGGCAUGUGUGACCUCAUGGGUCACUCAACCUGCAGAUGGUGUCGCAAGGGAUCUGAUGCUGUGUCACACAUGAAUGCAGGAGGCGUCCUUACCCCAGACUAUACUUUUGACUCACCUGGUCCUUAACCCAGACUACAUUUUCGACUUACCUGGUCCUUACCCCAGACUACACUAUCGACUCAUCUGGUCCUUACCCCAGACUACACUGUCCACUCAGCUCGUCCUUAUCCCAGACUACACUGUCCACUCACCUGGUUCUUACCCCAGACUACACUGUCCACUCACCUGAUCCUUACCCCAGACUACACUGUCCACUCGCUUGGUCCUUACCCCAGACUACACUGUCCACUCACCUGGUCCUUACCCCAGACUACACUGUCCACUCACCUGGUCUUACCCCAGACUACACUGUCCACUCACUUGGUCCUUACCCCAGACUACACUGUCCACUCAGCUGGUCCUUACCCCAGACUACACUGUCCACUCAGCUUGUUCUUACCCCAGACUACACUGUCCACUCAGCUGGUCCUUACCCCAGACUACACUGUCCACUCACCUGGUUCUUACCCCAGACUACACUGUCCACUUAGCUGAUCUUUACCCCAGACUACACUGUCCACUCGCUUGGUCCUUACCGCAGAUUAUACUGUCCACUCCCUGGUCUUACCCCAGACUACACUGUCCACUCACCUGGUCCUUACCCCAGACUACACUUUCCGCUCAGCUGGUCCUUACCCCAGACUACACUGUCCACUCACCUGGUCUUACCCCAGACUACACUGUCCACUCACAUGGUCCUUACCCCAGACUACACUGUCCACUCAGCUGGUCCUUACCCCAGACUACACUGUCCACUCAGCUGGUUCUUACCCCAGACUACACUGUCCACUCAGCUGGUCCUUACCCCAGACUACACUGUCCACUCACCUGGUUCUUACCCCAGACUACACUGUCCACUUAGCUGAUCCUUACCCCAGACUACACUGUCCACUCGCUUGGUCCUUACCGCAGAUUACACUGUCCACUCCCUGGUCUUACCCCAGACUACACUGUCCACUCACCUGGUCCUUACCCCAGACUACACUUUCCGCUCAGCUGGUCCUUACCCCAGACUACACUGUCCACUCAGCUGGUUCUUACCCCAGACUACACUGUCCACUCACCUGGUCCUUACCCCAGACUACACUGUCCACUCGCUUGGUCCUUACCCCAGACUACACUGUCCACUCACCUGGUCCUUACCCCAGACUACACUGUCCACUCACCUGGUCUUACCCCAGACUACACUGUCCACUCACUUGGUCCUUACCCCAGACUACACUGUCCACUCAGCUGGUCCUUACCCCAGACUACACUGUCCACUCAGCUUGUUCUUACCCCAGACUACACUGUCCACUCAGCUGGUCCUUACCCCAGACUACACUGUCCACUCACCUGGUUCUUACCCCAGACUACACUGUCCACUUAGCUGAUCUUUACCCCAGACUACACUGUCCACUCGCUUGGUCCUUACCGCAGAUUAUACUGUCCACUCCCUGGUCUUACCCCAGACUACACUGUCCACUCACCUGGUCCUUACCCCAGACUACACUUUCCGCUCAGCUGGUCCUUACCCCAGACUACACUGUCCACUCACCUGGUCUUACCCCAGACUACACUGUCCACUCACAUGGUCCUUACCCCAGACUACACUGUCCACUCAGCUGGUCCUUACCCCAGACUACACUGUCCACUCAGCUGGUUCUUACCCCAGACUACACUGUCCACUCAGCUGGUCCUUACCCCAGACUACACUGUCCACUCACCUGGUUCUUACCCCAGACUACACUGUCCACUUAGCUGAUCCUUACCCCAGACUACACUGUCCACUCGCUUGGUCCUUACCGCAGAUUACACUGUCCACUCCCUGGUCUUACCCCAGACUACACUGUCCACUCACCUGGUCCUUACCCCAGACUACACUUUCCGCUCAGCUGGUCCUUACCCCAGACUACACUGUCCACUCAGCUGGUUCUUACCCCAGACUACACUGUCCACUCACCUGGUCCUUACCCCAGACUACACUGUCCACUCACCUGGUCCUUACCCCAGACUACACUGUCCACUCACCUGGUCCUUACCCCAGACUACACUGUCCCACUUGAACCUACUGUCUCUCUUUACCAUCUCCCCUCUAAGAUGUAAUCUCUCAUGGGCAAGGUUCUCUCUACAUUAGGACUCAUGUCUGUCUACUAUCCAUCUACCUCAUCUGUCCCUUGUCCUGUUUGAUGCAGAAUUUUGUUUAUAUAUAUUUUAUAAUUUGUUAUAUUAUUUGCCUAUAAAUCUGCUGAAUAAUACACACAUACCUGUUACUUUGCUGUUUUAUGUAUGUCAUGUAUAUUAGGUGCUACAUAAUCUAUGAUGUAUAAGUUCACAAUGAUGAUGUGUUGAAACGCUGAAUCACGGGAGAUGUAAUGAUUAUUAUCUUUGUGCAUGACUGCAAAUCCAUACACAAAUUGACUGUCUGGGGUGGAUCCAAGAACCGUAAAAUGGGUGUAAACUUUGAAAUGCGUUUAUUAAUUUUUAAGGGUAUGUAUUAGCAUUUUUGUGGCCCCUGUAGCAGGAUGAAUAUACAAUUUGCACUCCCACCUCCCCCACCCCAUGUGCACCAAACAUUCUUACAUAUCCAUCUCUGGGCCUGGACGCUGAUGUAUUCACAGCUGUGAUCCCGCAUGCAUCAAAAAUGCAAAAAUAUGCUAAUGAUGUAGCCUCCUAUAAAUGGAUUGAGACGUCCACCAGUGGCCUCGCAAAUCUCAGCAUCUGCAUGGUCACACAGAAUGGCUGUGGGAACUGAGACGCUGGCGCCAUGUUUACUGCAUACAAGAUCUUAGCUGUAGGCUGAGAUAUUCCCCGAAAAUGGUCACAAAACGCCUGUGAUUUUGACGGCACUCUCCGUAACAGCCCCCAAAUGGACAAUUCCCUGGCUGUCAAUCACUUUGCGAAUGAAUCCUCACUGUGAGCUGCAGAUCUCCUCUCCUGCAGUAGGAGCCGGAGGCAGAGAGGGACAGCACUUAAUGUAUAUACGUUUGCAACAAAUUUAUUUUUUAUUUCAUGUAAAUAAAGUUUUUAAAAACGA